AUGUACUUGAAGAUUGACAUUGGAAUCUUUGCAUUCUACUUAAGCUUGUCUUUUGCAACCUUAUUGUCAGGUGGAGCUAUUGCUGGGAUAUCUCUUGCAGUGCUUGGAGUGUUGUUUUUUUCAGCUUGCUUGUACCUUGUGUUUGACAGAAAGAGGAAGGCACACAAAAUAUCACCCAAAGAUCAAUUCAACCGAGCUGCUUCUGAUACUGCAGCUAAAGCUCCAGAGUCUGUUAAUGAUGCUAAAAGGGCUUCUCCAGGCCUUGCUGGAGUAGUUGUUGAGAGAUCUUUUGAGUUCUCGUAUGAAGAGCUUGCAAUAGCUACUAAAGAUUUCAGUUUGGCGAAUAAGAUAGGCCAAGGCGGCUUUGGCUCUGUUUAUUAUGCCGAGCUUAGGGGCGAGAAAGCAGCAAUCAAGAAAAUGGACUUGAAAGCAAAAAGAGAAUUUGUUGCUGAACUUAGGGUUUUAACACAUGUACAUCAUCAGAACCUGGUGCGCUUAAUUGGAUAUUGUGUGAAGGGUUCCCUUUUUCUUGUAUAUGAGUACAUUGACAAUGGAAACUUGAGCCAGCAUCUUCGAGGAUCAGGGUGCGACACACUGUCGUGGUCCAGCAGGGUGCAGAUUGCAAUGGAUUCAGCAAGAGGUCUUGAGUACAUUCAUGAGCAUACUACUCCUGCCUACAUCCUUCGUGACAUUAAAUCAGCAAACAUUUUGAUAGAUAAAGAUUUUCGUGCCAAGGUUGCAGAUUUUGGUUUAGCAAAAUUGGCUGAGGUCAAAGGUUUAUCUUUGCAAUCACGUCUUGUGGGCACGUUUGGCUACAUGGCACCAGAGUAUGCCAAUUGUGGUACUGUUUCUCCUAAAGUUGAUGUCUAUGCCUUUGGUGUUAUGCUUUAUGAACUAAUUUCGGCUAAGGCAGCUGUAGUUGAUGGAGGCUCUACUACUGAUACUAAGGGCCUUGUUGGUUUGUUUGAACAAGUUCCAAUACUACCGGAUUCAAAUGAUGAUCUUCGCAAACUGGUUGACCCAAGACUUGGGGAUAAUUACCCAAUCGAAUCAGUCAGCAAGAUGUUUCAGCUAGCCAAACUUUGCACACAUAAAAAACCUGAAUCAAGGCCGAGCAUGAGAUCUGUUAUCGUUGCAUUAAUGGCAUUAUCAUCCCCCACAAAGGAUUCUAAGAUUUUUGUUCCUCAUUUAGAAACUGAGAUCUUGAAAUACGAGUAUUCUAUGAUCAAGUCUAUGGAAACUGAAGUUCUGGGAUCUGAGACUUUUACAGUUACAUCUGUGGAAUCUGAGGCUUAUACAAUAGAAGAAGGAAUUGAGGAUUAA